AUGCAUCAGGGGUUGACAUGGGACAGGUUCUUGGUGUUGUUUUAUGAUAAAUAUUUUCCCCAGAGUAUGCGAGACAAGAAGGUGACUGAAUUUGAAACACUGAGACAAGGAAACAAAACUGUUGCCGAAUAUGAAGCUCAAUUCACAGAACUAGCUCGGUUUGCACCUCACAUGGUAGAUACAGAAUAUAAGAAGGCGCGGAAAUUCGAAGGAGGAUUGCGGGGUACUAUUCUGGACCGAGUUAAUGUGUUGAAAUUGCCUACCUACGUUGAUGUGUUAGAAAGGGCUGUUAUAGCAGAAGGAAAUAUUGCUGCCCAAACUCGGGUUCUUGAAUGGAAAGGAAAGAGGCAGAGCAACCAAUGGUUCAAGGGGUCUACUACUCCACCAAACAAGAAGCAAAAUUCAGGGACCUCCAGCACUACUACUUCUCUUCAAAAUUCAGCUCCUGUGUGUCCAGAAUGUGGAUGGAGGCAUCGUGGGAUUUGUCACCGAUUAUCUGGAGCAUGUUUCUGA